AUGCAACCAAUUACCAUAGUCGUUCUGACUGUCUUGUGCUCUGUUUCCUGGGCUUGCGUUGACUUAACCAACCCAAAUACUGGAACAAGUGACUGCCCAGCAAGAGUUUCUCUCUGUAACAACUCAAUCUAUUUGCCUUUGAUGAGAACUCAAUGUCCAAAAACAUGCGGAUUCUGUUCCUCUUCUUCAACAGUCACUUCUGUCACUACAACAACUGUUUCAUCCACAUGUGUUGAUAGAACAAAUGCUGCGACUGGAACCAGCGACUGUACCAGACUUCGCGCUUACUGUACCAACACAAUCUACAUUCCAUUGAUGAGAGUUCAGUGCCCAAGAACUUGCGGAUUCUGCACCUCCGGAUAA